CCAAUCAGCAACGCGCAGGCCCUUGUAACGUUCCCAGCGCCGCGUUUGAAUUCGGGGAGGAGCAGAGCAGAGCAGGACCCUCUGCACCGACUCGGCCUGGACUGUGUGAGUAGCUUCGGCAACAUGAAUGCAGCGGCCAAAGCUGGAAAGUUGGCUCGAGCACCAGCCGAUCUUGGGAAAGGUGGGGUCCCGGGAGAUGCAGCUCCCGGUGCCCCAGUGGCCGCCCCGCUGGCGAAAGAGAUUCCGGAGGUCUUAGUGGAUCCACGCAGCCGGCGUCAGUAUAUACGGGGGCGCUUUCUGGGUAAAGGAGGCUUCGCCAAAUGCUUCGAGAUCUCAGACGCAGACACAAAAGAGGUGUUCGCAGGCAAAAUCGUGCCUAAGUCUUUGCUGCUCAAGCCCCACCAGAAGGAGAAGAUGUCUAUGGAGAUCUCAAUUCACCGCAGCCUUGCACACCAACAUAUCGUAGGCUUCCAUGGCUUUUUCGAGGACAGCGACUUUGUGUUUGUGGUUUUGGAGCUUUGUCGCAGGAGGUCCCUUCUGGAGCUGCACAAGAGGAGGAAGGCACUGACCGAGCCUGAGGCCCGCUACUACCUGCGGCAAAUAGUCCUGGGCUGCCAGUACCUGCACCGCAAUCAAGUCAUUCACAGGGACCUCAAGCUGGGCAACCUCUUCCUGAAUGAGGAUCUGGAGGUGAAAAUAGGGGAUUUUGGCCUGGCAACCAAAGUGGAAUAUGAAGGGGAACGAAAGAAGACCUUGUGUGGCACUCCUAACUACAUAGCUCCUGAGGUGCUGAGCAAGAAGGGACACAGUUUUGAGGUGGAUGUGUGGUCCAUCGGGUGCAUCAUGUAUACCUUGCUAGUGGGCAAGCCACCCUUUGAGACCUCAUGCCUAAAAGAGACAUACCUCCGGAUCAAGAAAAAUGAAUACAGUAUUCCCAAGCACAUCAACCCAGUGGCCGCCUCCCUCAUCCAGAAGAUGCUUCAGACAGACCCCACCGCCCGCCCCACCAUUCAUGAGCUGCUAAAUGAUGAGUUCUUCACUUCUGGUUACAUCCCCGCUCGGCUCCCCAUUACCUGCCUCACCAUCCCACCAAGGUUUUCAAUAGCUCCCAGCAGCCUGGACCCCAGCAGCAGGAAGCCUCUCACAGUCCUCAAUAAAGGCGUGGAGAACCCUCUGCCUGACCGUCCCCGGGAGAAAGAGGAACUGGUGGUCCGGGAGAGAAACGAGGCUAUCGAGUGCCACCUUAGUGACUUGCUACAGCAGCUGACCAGUGUCAAUGUCUCCAAGCCCUCAGAGCGUGGGCUGGUACGGCAAGAGGAGGCUGAGGAUCCUGCUUGCAUCCCUAUCUUCUGGGUCAGCAAGUGGGUGGACUAUUCGGACAAGUAUGGCCUUGGGUAUCAGCUGUGUGACAAUAGUGUGGGGGUGCUCUUUAAUGACUCAACACGCCUCAUCCUCUACAAUGACGGGGACAGCCUGCAGUACAUAGAGCGUGAUGGCACGGAGUCCUACCUCACUGUGAGCUCCCAUCCCAACUCCUUGAUGAAGAAGAUCACUCUCCUCAACUAUUUCCGCAAUUACAUGAGUGAGCACCUGCUGAAGGCAGGAGCCAACAUCACACCCCGGGAAGGCGACGAGCUGGCCCGGCUGCCCUACCUACGAACAUGGUUCCGCACGCGCAGCGCCAUCAUCCUGCACCUCAGCAAUGGCACUGUACAGAUUAAUUUCUUCCAGGACCACACCAAACUUAUCCUGUGCCCCCUGAUGGCAGCAGUGACCUAUAUCAACGAGAAGAGGGACUUCCGAACAUACCGCCUGAGCCUCCUGGAGGAAUACGGCUGCUGCAAGGAGCUGGCUAGCCGCCUCCGGUACGCCCGCACCAUGGUAGACAAGCUGCUGAGCUCACGCUCUGCUAGCAACCGCCUCAAGGCCUCCUAGGUUUCUGUCCUUCGGACUGGUGGCCCCUUCACUCUGCUAGCUUUGGGCCUGCACUGCUGGACUCCUGGAUGAUGCUGUUCAGUGGCCCUGGCCCUGGGGGCUGGGCAGGAGCAGGGCCCCUUUGAAGGGGUUGCUGUGUAAGUUAUUUUGUACAUGUUUGAGUGUGGGUUUACAUCCGCUUCCCUGCCCUCAGCCCACUGUAUGAAUUGUAUAAAUAUUUCUAAUGAACUUGGACUGUUCUUUCUUUAGCUUUAUAUAUAUUAAAUAUAUGUACAUCUUUCUCUC